CUGCAAGCUGUGUUUCCGGUUCCGGGCUCCUGGUGUUUUGUUGUGUUGUUCGUCGUCCUGUGGCAGCAGUUUGAUUCUCCUCUCCCGCUCUUUGUCGCUCUUUACCCGCUCACAUGUUCCGCGCUCCGGACAGACAUCAGCGGAGUCCCGGAGCUCCACGACCGGCUGGGAGGUUCUCUUCCCCGGCGUCCGGCUGGGGCUUCCCCCACUCCCCAUACGGAGGCUCCCCGCGGGGCUACUCUCCGGGAUCUCCAGGCUACUCUCCGGGUUCUAAUCGAGGAUACAGAGACGGAUCUCCGGCCGGGUUCGGAAACGGUUCCCGGGGGUUCGGAGAUUCUCCGGCCGGGUUCGGCAGCGGCUCGCGGGGUUUCGGGGGUCCGAUGCGGCGCAGAGGGGACGGUUUCCGGCGGCCUCAGUCCCUCAGUCCAACUUCAGCUCCGAACUUCAAGUCUUCAGACGCGCCCGUGCAGAAAUACUUCAGCCCGUCUAUGAUGCAGGAUCCGUGGAAAAAUCUGCAGCCCGUCACCACCACGGAUGCCGCCGCCGCCAGGCAGAUCACAUGACUGGAAAUACCACAAGUGGUGACCACAUGACAUCACCAGCAAGGAUCAAUAACUGUGAUGAGACGAACUGAAGUUUUUAGUCAGAUGUUUUAACCUUUUUAAAAACUGUUUUUUUAAACUGUUUGUGAAAAGAAGUUUUAAGUUUUUAAAAUAUAAAAA